GCUAUGGUUGGACAUCAUCCUUUUAUUAUCCAGAUAUACAAAUCAUGGCAGAGCAAAAUCAACUUACAUAUAGUAAUGGAGUAUGCUACCCAUGGUGAUCUGUACACACUGUGGAUUCUAGAAGGUGUCUUUACAGAGAUGGCUGUCUGUAUCUUCAUUGCAGAACUAUCGAUGGCAUUAGACUUCUUACAUAAUGCUGGUGUUAUCUACAGAGACCUAAAGAUGGAAAAUAUACUACUGGACCAAGAAGGACAUAUCAAAGUGACCGACUUUGGCCUUUCAAAAUGGAUGAAGAAAGGCAACCGGACAUCAACAAUAUGUGGAACAUUACAAUACAUGGCUCCAGAAAUCUUGAAUGAGGAGAACUACACACAUGCUGUUGACUGGUGGUCGUUAGGUAUCAUCAUGUAUACGUUACUAAGCGGCGGUUACCCUAUAGAUGGCGCUAAAACACAUUUCACCAUGUACAGUAGAGUUCUUGCAAAGAAAUAUGUUCUACCAUCAAGUAUAAGCAGUGAGGCCUGUGAUGCAUUAGAUAGAUUACUCAGGAAAGACCCUAAUGACAGACUGCAAUCACUUGGAGAGUUUGUUCAUCUAGAUUUCAUCAAGAACAUCUCACUAGAGCAGUUAGUACGACGAGAGAUCACCCCCAAAGACUACCUUAAGAGGAGGCUACCUAGGACACUAGCUAGGAAGUCAACUAACAAGAAAGGCAGAGAGUUUCUCUAUGAUAAAAUACCUACUGACAUUACUGUUGAUAAUUUUGAAUGGACUCGAGUGACUCAGUUAUAGCACCAAAAAAACUCAAGACGGACUCAUCAUGAGCAACUGCUACAAGACAAGACUGGUUCUUAAAGGGACAACUCAAACGUACCUUGAUAAAAUAGAACAGUAUUCUGCCUAACAAGAAAGGCUAGGAACCAAUUAUGUCUUUGUUUGUUUGAUGACAGGCAGAGGUGAUGAACGGUCAUGAUGGAAUGAUCGGGAUGAACCGUUUGAAAUGGACAGGGUUGGCUUUAUCAUCAAUGAGGAAAACACUGCUUAGUGAUGAUGUCUAGGAAUGUCAUUGAUACCUUCCGAGUGCCUGUUGCAGAGAGAUGUAUUAUCCGUCUCAACAUAUGCUGAAGAAUGAUGCUACUGAAUGAAGGAAGAGAAAGUAUUGAAGAUGAAGACUACCGGUACUUUGAAUCUUUGUAGCAAGGUACCCGUUGACCAUACUGUUGAAGGGAGGAUUGCAUGCAGUGAUCGGGUCAUCACUAGUGUUGUCUUUGCAGUAGAUUGGUAUCUCUUUCUGAAUGAAAGUAAUCCUCUUGCCCUUGGUGGUAUGUGAUAUUCUAUGGAUGCAAUGAGGCUGCUAUCAUCAUUCAGGUUGAGGCAUGGAUGUUGAAAUCCUUAUAGAGAAUUGUAUAUUUCUAUUGCCAUCAAUUAAGGAUGUGGUUCAUAAAAGUAACUAAAAAUAAAAUUAUCAUCAUCAUCAUCAUCAUCAAUACCAUCACCAUCAUCAACACAAUAAUUUUUACCAUCACAAUAAUCAUGACAUCAGAAUUGUAAAAGUGGUCACCAUUAUUGAAAUUUGUCUCCAUUAUGACCAAAUUCUCUUCCAUUUUAAUGGCAUUGCCCCUAUAUCACAUAAGCAAUCAUCAUAACCAUAUGAUUGUCAUCAUCAUUAUGACUAUUCUUCUUAGUAGCGUUACGCCAUGUUGGUAUAAAUGAUGUCUUUGUUAGAAUGAAUCUAAGAUUGAUGUACCUUCCUGCAUGCCAGUUUUAACUCCACUUGAAGCAUUUUGAUCAUUUAUCAAAAUAUAGUGUAUGCACAUAUGCUAUAUAUAUAUAUAUAUUUUUUUUUUUUUUUAUAGUCGUCUUCAAUUUUGAAAGAUAAUGCAGAAAUCAUCUUUGUUUCCUUUCAUCAAAGACGUCUGUUCACCAACUAAAUGUUCAGGUGUAAUAAACAUUUUAAUAUAUUCCUAAAUUGAUCUGAAUUAUUGAAACAAUAUGCUGAAUGUGAUCUUUUUUUUUUUUUCGUUGAAUUUUAUUUUCAUGAGAUCACAGCUUCAUGAGUUUUUGGGGUCGGUAUUUAAUGAAUCCUCUUGUUAAUAUGCUAAAAAUUGUUUUGAAAUCAGUGUUUGAACAUGGUGCUAUAGAUUAUGUGUUUCCCAGCAAUUGUUUGACUUGAAUGUGUAUUUCAUUGGUUUGCAUAGAGACACUG